UAGUGGCGCUCGUGAGAGUGCGGGUUUGCUAGUUUCCUAGAUACGUUGGAGAGGCGCGCUCAGGCGCUAAUGGUGACGGACACUAAAACAACAGCAGCAGCAGCAUGGACUUUGUACAGAGCACAGAAGAAUUCAGUCCAUUGCCAUUACAUGGGGAUGUGAGUCAGUCUGCUGAACAAACAUCCACGAACCAACAAGGAGUCGAAAGUCAUUUUAAUGCCACUCAGGACCAGAGCCAAACAAGACGGACAAAAAAUCACAUGGAACUGCAGCUAGAAUUUCAGGACAGUAACCUGUCUCCAGCCCUCUCUCUGUUACCAGUAAACUCUGGUGUGGCACAUUUCACUGAGUGUUCUGUAUUUCAACAAAGUGAUGCAAACUUUGCCCCUUUAAGACCAUGCACUGACAUUUCUGCUGCAUCAGAGAAGCUUCACUUUCCACCUAAGAAUCGUGAAUCCCAAGCAUCAGAGUACGGAUCACUGUCCCAGUACCCUUUGAUUCAGGAAUCUGCAUUUUCUGAAGAAGGUGUCAGUAGCUGCCCGUCUCUGUUUCCACACAGUGUCUCACCAGAGGAGGAUGAGCGACAAUUAGCAAUGGCUUCCUCCCCACUGAGUUCUGCUGUUGAUGACAGGCAGGGAAUGCAGUCCGGUGGUGGUACAGGAAGCAUAGAAACUGACAAGAAGACAAUAACUGCUUCUUCACACAAACAGGUAGGAGAGGUUUCUGAAGGAGGCAUAGUACUUGUGAGUAGGGAUAGUACCGCUCAGCAUCAGAAAGAUUUGGGUGUGCUAAGCAGCAGCAGUGCUGUUUCCUCUGCUUCUGAGACGGCCCUGAAGAGGACAAAAUGUUUAAAAGGAAGAGUUGAAGGCACAAUGCUUGGCAAGCCAGGUGCUGACAAAAUCACAGUUACACACGAACAUCCUGCAGGAGAAGCAUCGCUUCCUCAACAGCAGACACAGAAUUUAUCUCAAAUGCCAUCAUGUGAAGUUUCUAACAUCAACAUGGGUUCCCGUAGUACUCAACCUGAUGACUGUAGUGAAUCGUUACACAGAGAGCUGCUGCUUGAGUCACAAAAGUCCAACAGAUCUGAGGCUCAACCUAGAAGCCAACCACAAGAAGGUCCUACAACAUCUGAAGCAUCUCUGACACCGUGUCCACCAAGUAUGUCUGAAGUCAAGCUCAGUAGGACCAGAACUAACCUACGUGAGGCUGUGUUGACAGGAUUAUUUUCAGCAGGUAUAGAACAGGAUCAGAGAGAACAAGAAGUCUGGUCAUUAAGAAACCAAACAGGGAUUGAAGGGUCCUACAUCAACUUCUUGCCCCAGUCUCAGUCCACACCAGGUGUUUCUAAGCCACCACGCAAAUCCAUUGUCAAGCCUACUUCAAGACAAGUGUCUAUUGUAAAUUCUAAUAUGGAGGACUUGAGUCAGUCGAGCACAGGGCGCCAUCCACAGUCAGCUGUUCCUGUGGCUGAGUUCUGUCACAACAACAUACCAGAUCAGUGCCAAGAAGAAGUUGCUUCUGCAAAAGUUCAGUCACUUCCAAGUCUUACUUAUAUGCAGAAGGUAGGUGCUUGGCAGACAAACCAAAGGUCAGGUCAUCUUUCACUGUUUGAUAGUCUAGUUUUGCAAGGGUUUUCCGGCAUCUCUCCAAAAAAAAAAGCCUAUGAUGCAGUGUCUGGGCCUUUAAAUGAUAUUCUUAAUCAACAGGCAAGGAGUUUACACCAGCAUCCUGCUUCAGACGUAAAUAAGAAUAUCACAAAAAAAUCUAUCAGUGAAUCUAUGUUGUUCUCACCAAGAAAUGAGACAGUGGGCAGUGUGACCAAAGACAAGGGCGAUGACGAGUCUGCGGCACGAAUCUUUGCUUCUUCGGUUGGUAGGGACACAUCUCAUUCCUCACUCAGUACAGUUGUUAAGUCCACACAGAAAGCCCAACAGACACAGAAGUCAGGGGAAAGACAGAGCCUGGUACAGGAUGAUGUCCAUCAGCAGAUGGUAGCCACAGUUAAGCCAUUGCCUUUUCUGAGUCUUGGUCACAUCAGUGAUGUGACACUCUCAAGUUCCCAAGACAGUUCCAGAAGUGGAAAGAAAUUAGGAGCAUCCAUCGGAUCUUCUUCAGUCAUCAGCAUGGAGGUUCAUAAUUAUAUCCCCAACUGGAAUACAAAAGUAACAACGCCACCAGCUCUGACAAGGCCUCGAGAGCUGAGCAUUGAGGAGCGAAUACCGCUAUAUCUUUACAACCGAGGUGUUGAGCAGUCUAUGUCAACCAUUCUAACUCCAUUUGUACCCAGAGGGCCUAUUAGAGAACCCGAAUUCUCUCUCACUGACCUCAGUACAGUUAAAGGAUCAGUUGGAACACCAGCCAAGAGCACUCAACCUUCUGAAGUUGGCAGUUCCCAUAUAGAAGCCUUUUCCAGGUCUAGUAUCCUGUCAGUGGAAACCAGUAUAUCUGUAUCACUGAGCCAAGACAGUAUUUAUCCAACUGUGUCAAUCCCAGAACAAAUCAGUGUGUCACGUUCUUCAAGUGCAGCGCCGAACCAGAAUGACCAGAGACUUACACCCUGCACCCAGCCUGAUGACGCCUCUCCUCCUGUGCUGCAGAGUGACAGCAGUUUUAUUAACACUCAGGAUACCACCCAGGUGGGAAACAACACUGAAGGUAACCUGGUUAAACUGCCAAGUGCUCCGGAAAGAGACCCUGAUCAAUCUAUGCAUGUGAGCAUGCAACAAAAGGCAAAACAUUCUCUUGUUGGUACCAAGGAGUUGGAGGAUUCCCAUCUUACACUCAGUCAAAAAGAAACUUGUGUACCUGCUGGGAUUCCAGUGUCGUCCCCAGCAGCAUCCCGUCUGUCCUCUGAUAACAUAUUACUGUCAUGGAAGAAAACUGACAUACAAAAGGACUCAUCAUUUAUCUCCUCCUCUACUGAUGUGGGACCCACAAGUCCUGCCUCAAUGGUUCGGACCUCUCCCUCGUCUGACUCCAUACUGACCUCUGAGAAAGUGACACAACCUUACACGGUUCACAAGAGAAAGCAGUCAUCAGUACAGUCUAAUGCUAUCAUACCAGGUGUGACAGUGACGUACAUGAAGCCACAGGAUAGUAUGAUUAGUGGAAGUGUGUGGCCGAUGCUCACCCUAUCCAAGUCAACUUGGCGGACGGAGCCUGAGGGCUGCAGUGCUGUACCCCCUGAUAACACCAUCCCAACUCAGCUGCCACUCAAGCCUUCAGCAGCUAUUAUCACACAGGCUGCUUCGAGUCCUGCAGAGGCAGGUGUCCCAGAGGAGAUAGAACAAAUUACACAAACAGUUCCUGCAGAGAGUAGCUCCUCCUCUCCUACCCUGGCAGACACUGAACAGGGAACGAAUGAUGGUAGCAGUGAGCUCUCGCAGACAGCCAGAGUGGCUGCCAGAGAAUCCCCACUGUCAACCAGAGUGGCCAAAUUACUGCAGAAUGACUCUCCAGCCACCACGGUGUCCAGUAUGUACAUCAUCACUGACACAGAGGAGAACACCUCCAAAGACUGGAUAAAACUGAAAAUAUCAAGGCAGCAGGGAGACUCUCUAGAGUUGGACAUAGAAGACAGAAAGCGGAUUGAAGAAAUCAAGAGAGAACUGUUGUUAAAAAACACAGUAAAGAGCCAGGAAAGCACAAUCACAGACAGCGGUAUGUCAUCCACUUUCAGAGGUCUUAGGAAGCAGGAGUCACUCCUGCCUAUAGGGACAUUUAAUACUGUCAGCGGUGUCAACAUCCAGCCGUCCCUUCAGCCGCUGCAGUUCAGCAUGAACCUCUCUGACUCCAGGGUGCAACAGUACCACCCCCAUUAUCAAGACCUCGCAUCCCAAGUGCUGGAAAUUGCUGCCAGAGAAGGGAUAAUCCUUGCCAGAACAGACCCAAGGACCUUCACAUCCAUCGGUAUUAGUACUUCUAAAUGCUCCCACUCCCCCACCAAAUCCACAAUACCUCUUGUCAAGCCAGAUCCAAAACUGCUCGGCACCAUCCUAGAUAAAGAGAAAAGUGUUGGUACAGCACCUAUUACAGUUAGUCAGCUAGUAAAUGGCUAUCUGAACACCAUAGGGGACAAGUAUGAAGGAGGUCAUACUUUAUCAUCAGCGUUAGACAAAGAGCAUAUGAAUGUACAGGAAGAGAACAUACAAUCUCAACAGGAAAAUCAUAAGUUAAUGAUCCAGGACAUCUCAGUUUCUGGUGUUGGUUAUGGAGUGCAGCAAGCCACAGGAGUGUCAACCACUGAAACUCCAGCCUCGAUAGGCCACAUCUCACGUGUCCAUCUUACACUGUCACCUAAAGCUACUGAUCAGAGUGUGGCUGCUGAUGUACAGUCCAGUCAUGCCACUGCUAAUCCAAGCCUGGCACUUUCAGAAUUUGACAAACUCAGGCACUGGCCCUCUAAAGCCAGCAGUCCGGACAAAGGUGUACGUUUGUCCAUUCGGCCAAAGUUGAGUGAGUCCAGAGAUCCAGAACAGACAACCGGGACUGAAAGAACAGAAACAUCUGUGCCAUUUAAAACCAUUGUGCCUAAAGGAGGAAUAAUCUCCUCAUCCCCACAAUCCUUCAAGUUACUUCGCAGGACUGCAGUGUCACCAAGACCUUUCAUCAGUGAAACACCAGCCAUCCCUAUCUUGUUGCCUUAUAAACCCACUGGCAGUGAUGAACUUUUCUACGUUCCUCAAACAGAAGCUGACAUCUCCUCUACUGAUGUGACUGAGGAGAGCUCUCACACAGGUAGAGCUGAAAUGGACACAUUUCAGGAAU